GAGCAUCAAGUUUAAAGGGACACAAGGUUUAUCUGGGGAUCAUAAUGCCAUUAAGGGAGGAAUUCCGUUGGCGAAAUUUUGGCCUGACACAUUUUAGGAAGGAUGUGUUCUUCUCUUCUCAGUGGUAUUGGCCUCCCAUCUUCUUCAUCACUUAUCGAUUCAUCGUUGCCGGCUACAUUGUAGGAUGGUUGAUGUAUGUCGCCGCUAGCUUCAAGGAGGUACAAGGACAAAGUUUCAACUUGUACGCCUGGCCUGUCUACCUCACAAAUUGGUCCUAUUUUGUCUUAUCCGCACAUCUUUUAGUCGCACUCGUUGUGGCAUGCAUCCACACAGCAGAGCAGGGUAACCAUUGCUGCCGCCGUGAACAUGUCUUAGAAAUCGAGGAGUCUGACAUGACUGAUAGGGAUUAUGAUGACUUUACGCCAAACAUGACAAGCACAGAAGCAGAGGAUGAGGAGGUGUUAAUCAGGCAGCCACAGUCUCUCCCAUGGUACAUGAAAAUGAGCUGGAUUCUCCUCAAUGUGUCCGCAGUAGCAGCAAUUCUUGUCUCAAUUGUAUACUGGGGUGCCUUGUACCCUCAGAUGAGCAAAGCCUCAGCAGAUAUCGGAUUCAUCAUAGACUUUAACCUGCAUGCAGUAAACAGUAUUGUCAUACUUUUGGAAAUGUUUAUUUGUGCCAUUCCUAUACGGCUUAUGCACUUCAUCUAUCCGAUGGUAUACGGGUUUGCCUAUGUUGUAUUCAGUUUGAUUUUUUGGGCAUAUGAUAACAGCAGGGUUAUUUAUCCAAAAGUUUUAGACUGGAAUCACCCAGGCAUUACGGCAAUUGUAAUCGUUGUAAUAGCUUUUGUAGGUCUACCACUUUUUCAACUCUUUUUGUAUGGAUUGUACAGACUCCGUGUCUGUAUCUUUAGAGCCAUUUACAGGCAGCGAUGAUGCUGUGAAUAAUGCACUGGAUGUUGUUCAUUGUACUGCCUAACUUGUUUAUGAUGAAAUGAGACAAAAUUAUUAACUAGUGUGUCUCACCUUUAUCCUCUGGCCCACAUGUAUAAAGAAGCACAUCAUAUUCAAACCUGCCAGAGUAAAGGCAGACAAUCAAACUCCAUGAGACAGACACACCUCCAGACCCUGGACCACAUGGUCCCACAGGGGUAGAAUACAUACAAGCAGUAUAGAUCUUGGCGGCGCUUGUGUGCUCACUAAAUUAUUACGAUAUGGCUCUAUAACAGCCUGGGAUAGAGGUCUGUAGAAAGACGAAAACUCCUCAGACAUUCAUCCAUGAGUGAGAACACAGAAGAAGAACUAGUCGACUCCAUAGCUUGGACUUUUGACUCGGUCAUUUUGGUUUACGUGUAUUUACUUUCACAGCAACAAUAAUUUCCUGGUAAACCACAUGUGCAUAGUUGUGAUUGCAAUUGCAUCUUUAAUAGACAUUUGUAUUGCAGUAUCCCUGUUUUGUAACUUUUCUAAUACCAAUAAUUGUUUAUCAGUACCUUGCUUGGUUAAAUUUCUCACUUUUGAUGCUGACUUACUUCUGUAAGUCUCAAAGUAUUAGUGUGCACACUUUUAUUAUGCCAUUUUUGAAUAAAAUAUAACAAAUAUUUAUAAAUGUAAAA